AGAGACAGAGAGCGACAAAUCCUGACGUAAUUGAUAGCAGCCAUGCAGAUCUGGAUCAAGACGUUGACUGGACGCAAGCAACAAUACAGCUUCGAGCCGGACAACCAAGUGAGCAUGGUCAAGCAGUCCUUGCAAGAGAAGGAAGGGAUCCAGGUGGACCAGAUCCGAUUGAUCUACAGCGGGAAGCAACUUGCAGACGACCACACAUUGUCCCACUACAACGUCGCCCCGGGAGGAACCAUUCACAUGGUGUUGCAGUUGCGCGGAGGCUCGCGGUAGGGGGCUAUUGUAGCUUAGGCUUUCGAGAACUGACGUGCAGCCUGGGAAGGACGCGGAAUGUCACAUCAAGCGGUUGCUCGGCCUCCCUCUUUGAAAGAGGCUUGUUGCUCAGGGGUACGUUGCACCAGUAUGAGCAGGGGCAAGUGGGGUGCACGCUGGGGCUGGGGUGCGCCUUUUAUUUCGUUUUCCUUGGACGACCGCCGUUGCAUUUUUGCCGCUUGGGCACGCAGUUGUGGAGGGAAGCAGUACGCGAGCCUUAUGGCGCCGAACAGUUGUGAGUGGUGUGGUCAGGUUGGGCAGUAUUUGUGGAGGGUUUGGAGGCGAGAAUCUACACAACCCGUCCAAAGGCUGACAUGAUUAUUUUCCCUCCAACCUCCCCUAUCCCCUCGCACUGAUGCAUUUUGGUUUUGGAAGCGCGAGCUGCGCCAUAGUGGAUGAAGGUUGUAUCGGCGUGUGUGUUAUUUGCCCGUUUGCCAGAGUCUUGAAGCGCUGUUUGGCUGGUCGUCUCGUUGGUGUGUACAUUGGAGGCUGGACACGUUGGUCUUUGUUGCUUGGGGCGCGACAAUACUCAGAAUAAGCCAGGACAGAACUGUUACCUUCGAUUCGAUGGGAGGCUGGACGUUAUGGACAUAUGGCUGACGCAAUCUUUCUUGAGUUUUGUAUGAACUGCAGGGUGGCAUCCUCCAUCGACUUUUUUCGCGAUUUUUGUGGGGUUGACUAUUUCGCGAUCGAUCGGGAUGCGGAAAUUGAAGGAUGUGUGGGUCCGCUGCAGGCUUGCGAAUGCAAUGGCGAUUGAUUCCGACCGGCAGACUACUGACGCCCCCCCAGGGCUUUGGUAUGGCUGCAAGUAUCAGUCGUGGCUUUCGACAUGCAGUACAAUGACACGGCAGCAGCAGGUAGCAGCGUGAUUCUCGAGAUGACAUCUGAUUCCUCGUCUCCUGCUGUGGCACUGAAAACGCAGCAUUAUGUGUUUGAUAUUCAUAUGUGUAGUUCAUUGUGUGUGAAGGUACGGUAUGAGCGUUCUCUCGUUACAAAUAUUCUUGACCCUCGUGUGUACUGCGUGGGGGAAAGGGAAGGCAUCUUUGACACCGAGGCAACACCCUCGUGAGACUACAACAUCAGUAAGGACUGACUUACUGCUGUCCCACCCACGAUAUUAUGGGACAACUGCUUAAGAAGG